GUUCUAUGUGAAAGAAAAAUAAAGGUAGAUGACAUUAAGUAUAAUGUGUGAUCUUGUGUGGGUCCUGGACUGGUGGGGGGUUGGUGGGAGAAUACUGUACAUUAGAAAAGAGAAUCAUAAAGACAUUAAAUUUCCUGAUUUAGUUACUGAAUAUCCUUCUCCAUGAGGGGAAAUACGGAAUUUAGGGGUAAAUGAGCAUCAUGUCUACAGCUCAAUCUCAAAUUGUUCAGAAAAUAAUAAUAAUAUGUAUAAGCAGAUAAAAGAGAAUGAAAAUCAAAUACCAAAAAAAAGUACUUGCAGAAUCUGGGUGCAGGAAUGAGUAUGGAAGUCCUUUGUGCAAUUUUGACACUUUAUUUGAAUUUAUUUAAAAAAACUAAAAAUGAAAAGGUAAGCAAAUCUUGAAGGGUAGCAUUGAGUAAAGACAAGCAUGUAACUUGUCCCUGAGCUUAUUUUAAAAUAACUCCAAUUUUCAUUGUUUCUCCAGCUCUAACCAUUCUUUCACAUUUUCGCCCCCUUUAAAGGCAGUCAUUAAGGAAUGGGAAGCAACCAAUCGUGGGUCACAGAAUUCAUCUUGGUGGGAUUCCAGCUCCCUGCAGACACAGAACUGUUCCUCUUCUGGGUCUUCUCCCUGCUCUACAUCUUCAGCCUGCUGACAAAUGGAAUGAUCUUGGGGCUCAUCUGUCUGGACAUCAAACUGCACAGCCCCAUGUACUUCUUCCUCUCACACUUGUCUGUCAUUGACAUAUCUUAUGCUUCCAACAAUGUCCCCAAGAUGCUGGCAAACCUAGCAAACCAGAAAAGAACCAUUUCCUUUGGCCCUUGUGUAAUUCAGGUGUUUCUGUAUUUGACUUUCGCUGCCACAGAAUGCCUGAUUUUGGUGGUGAUGUCCUAUGAUAGGUACGUGGCCAUCUGUCACCCCCUACGUUACACCGUCAUCAUGAACUGGAGGGUGUGCACUGUCCUGGCCAUAGCUUCCUGGGCAUGCGGGUUUAUCCUUGCCAUUGUACAUGCCAUUCUCCUUCUAAGGCUGCCUUUCUGUGGCCCCCUGAAAGUGAACCACCUCUUCUGUGAAAUCCUAUCUGUCCUUAAGCUGGCCUGUGCUGACACCUGGAUCAACCAAGUGGUCAUCCUUGCUGCCAGUGUGUUUGUCUUAGUUGGGCCCCUUUUCUUCAUGCUGGUCUCCUACAUGCGCAUUAUCUGCACCAUCCUGAAGAUCCGGUCCAGAGAAGGCCGCAGAAAGGCCUUCUCCACCUGCUCCUCCCACCUCUGCGUGGUAGGGCUCUUCUUUGGCAUAGCCAUGGUGGUUUACAUGGUCCCAGACUCCAAGCAACGAGAGGAGCAGGAGAAAAUGCUGUCCCUGUUUCACAGCCUUUUCAAUCCAAUGCUGAACCCCUUAAUCUACAGUCUGAGGAACGCUCAGGUGAAAGAUGCCUUCUACAAAGCACUGCAGAGGAAGAGGGCCAGGUGACAGGUGGAGAGAUCUAUUGGUUGAGUGAGAUUUUUCCUUUUAAGAUCUCUGGUCUGAUGAUGAAAGAAACUGAGGAAAUUUCCCAAUAAGAAGUUUGUUAUAAAAAUGAUAAUCAUCCAAAUUCUGGCUCUAAAAAUAGGGCAAAUUCUUGGACAGGCAUAUCCUCUAAGGUUGAGAAGCCUUUUUAGGAGAUUGGACGGCUGAA